GGAGCAGAGCGGCAGGGAGGUGUGCGGCGGGUGGAGCAGGGCUGGGAAGGGCAGGCAGGACGGAGCCGGCGGGGUGCGGUGAUGGAGCUCCUACGGACUAUCGCCCACCCGCCGGGCGGCGGCGGUGCCAAGGGCUGCGAGGCGGCGGCGGGCAGAGCGGCCGGCGGCGAGUCACGCAGGAAGAAGGCGGAGGAGCCGCCGCACCAGCACGGCCACCCCGCAGCCGAGGUCUCCCGGAUUAUUACCGACCCCACGACGGGGAAGCGUUACUGCCGCGGCAAGGUGCUCGGAAAGGGUGGAUUUGCCAAGUGUUACGAGAUGACAGACUUGACAACAAAUAAAGUUUAUGCUGCGAAAAUCAUUCCUCACAGCAGAGUAGCAAAACCUCAUCAAAGGGAGAAGAUUGAUAAAGAGAUUGAGCUGCACAGAAUGCUUAAUCACAGACAUGUUGUGCAGUUUUACCACUACUUUGAAGAUAGAGAGAAUAUUUACAUUCUUCUGGAAUACUGCAGCAGAAGGUCAAUGGCUCACAUCUUAAAAGCGAGGAAGGUAUUAACAGAACCAGAAGUACGAUACUACCUCAGGCAAAUUGUGUCAGGGCUAAAGUAUCUUCAUGAACAGGAAAUCUUACACAGGGAUCUUAAACUAGGUAACUUCUUUAUCAAUGAGAACAUGGAACUGAAGCUUGGUGACUUUGGCUUGGCAGCUAGGCUGGAACCACUGGAACACAGAAGGAGAACAAUAUGUGGCACACCAAAUUACCUCUCUCCAGAAGUCCUCAACAAACAAGGGCAUGGCUGUGAAUCUGAUAUAUGGGCCUUAGGCUGUGUAAUGUAUACAAUGCUGUUGGGAAGACCCCCAUUUGAGACUACAAAUCUUAAAGAAACAUACAGAUGUAUAAGGGAAGCAAGAUACAGUCUGCCUUCAUCUCUCUUGGCACCUGCAAAACACUUAAUAGCUAGCAUGUUGUCAAAAAACCCUGAGGAUCGGCCCAGUUUAGAUGAAAUAAUUCGACAUGAAUUCUUCUUACAGGGUUUUACACCUGAGAGACUUUCUGCAAGCUGUUGUCACACCGUCCCUGAUUUCCAUUUGUCAAGUCCUGCUAAAAAUUUCUUCAAAAAAGCAGCUGCUGCUCUCUUUGGGGGAAAAAAGGAUAAGGCCAGAUAUUUGGACACACAUAACAGGCUAGCUAAAGAAGAUGAAGAAAUCUACAAGCUCAGACAUGAUUUGAAGAAGACGUCGAUAACCCAGCAGGCCCCCAAACACAAGACAGAUGAGGAGAUUCAGCCUCUUAUCACAACAGUGGUGAAGCCUGGAGCUUUGCCAGAAACUAAGCAGAUUGGAGACUCCAUUCGGAUGAUAGUCAGAGGAACUUUGGGAAGCUGUAGCAGUAGCAGUGAAUGUUUGGAAGACAGUACUAUGGGAAGUGUUGCCGAUACAGUUGCAAGAGUCUUGAGGGGAUGUCUGGAGAAUAUGCCAGAAGCAGACAGCAAUCCCAAAGAACAGCUGACAGCAUCCUUCCAGUGGGUUACAAAGUGGGUGGACUACUCCAACAAGUAUGGCUUUGGGUACCAGCUGUCAGAUCACACUGUUGGUGUCCUCUUCAACAAUGGGGCACAUAUGAGCCUUCUGCCAGACAAAAAGACAGUGCAUUACUAUGCUGAGCUAGGCCAGUGCUCUGUCUUCUCAGCCACAGAAGCCCCUGAACAGUUCAUUAACCAAGUAACUGUGCUGAAGUAUUUCUCUCACUAUAUGGAGGAGAACCUUAUGGAUGGAGGAGACUUGCCCAGCCUAACAGACGUACGCAGGCCCAGGCUUUACCUCUUACAGUGGCUCAAAUCUGAUAAAGCAUUAAUGAUGCUCUUCAAUGAUGGCACUUUUCAAGUGAACUUCUACCAUGAUCACACAAAAGUCAUAAUUUGCAAUCAGAGUGAGGAAUAUCUCCUUACCUACAUAAAUGAAGACAGGAUAUCCACAACGUUUCGUCUGACAACUCUUCUGGUUUCGGGAUGUUCAUUGGAACUAAAAUACAGAAUGGAAUAUGCUCUGAACAUGCUGCUGCAGCGAUGUAACUGAAGGAAUUGACUCUGUUAAACCAAAUGGACUCUUGUACACUGUGAAUCUACAGUGGAGAUGGUGGAGCAACUAGUAUGUUGAUGAUGGAUGUGUGGUGGUACGACAACUGGACUGUCCAAGUGUGCUGGGCACACAUCUAUUAGAAGCCUAAACCUAAACUUGUUGGAGUAAAAUGUUGUGACAAGGAGUUCUUCGGAUCAUAGUUUUCCUUGCUUCAUGUGUGUUAACGAUAUAACUUGACUUGAACUCGGAGCAGAGUGUGUCUGUUUGCUCUGUAAGAGAGCAUCUCUGAUGGAGUUAAACUGUGAAUACACAUCUGGAAAGGGAGGGAAGGGAGAGCUCCGUUGUUGGGGAUAAUUGUAACAAGCAGCUUCUGGUUGCUUAACUGUGAACUAUGGCCAUACUGUUUUUUUCCUUUUUCAAAAAUACCCACACUUGUGGCUGGCAAAGUGCAUUCCUUGUUAAUUUUUUUUUUUAAUUUAUUACAGCCUAAAGUGAAGUAUUUAUUACUUUUUUUUUGGACCUUGGCAUUUUGAAUAUAAAUCUGUUGGCAAUAAAGAAUGGAAAUCCUGAAGCAUCAUUCUCUACUCUUUCUCCAGUAUAACUGAGCAUGAUUUACUUUGCAUUACAAAAAAUCCUGCAGAUUUGCUUUCUAUAUGCUAUUUUUAAAGAGUCUGCUACAUGUCUGGAUAUGAAGGGUAGGCAGGUAUGUCUGUGUCUAUGCCCACUUGCAGUCACAAACAGCAAUGCUGCUAUUGUUAAUUACAGCUGCAAUCCUAAAAGAACUGCUUUUGGAGCUUACAGACUAAUGAUGUAGGCCUUGACACUUAGUUAUUGUCCUAAGAGCUUAAAACAAAACUAUGGAUCUCUUCAAGAUACUACAUCCCAAAAUUGAUGUUUAACACUGACUGAAAAGGACUCUUUCUUCUGGGUAGUAUGUUGGAGACUGAAGGAUAAGGAGCUGUGUAAAUUCUCCUCUGCUUGCUGGGAAAGCAUUACUUUUAUCAAGGUGCUGAGAAUCCUGAUACCUCAACAGCAGAAUGAAUUGACCAUACCUAUCACUUCCCAAAGCCUCUACUGAGCUUUAUUUUGUGUUUCUACCCUUGGUUAAUUGGUUAUCCCAGUAAAGUAAAAUCAAAAGGGUGAAAGCAUUAAAGGGUGACUUAGUAUAUACUAUAAAUUGUAAUUUGUCUUAGUAACACCUGUGGCUGUUUAAAGUUAUCAGUUAGGUAGACUAAGCCCAAAGUUGACACUAAAUUUUCUGAGACCAGCAUAGGGGUGGCCUACUGCUUUCUGCAAUCCUACUCCUUCUGAACAUCCGCUUAUGUGACUAAUGGCAUUCCAAAACUGAAGGCAGUGUCAUUUGUCACUUAAAACUAAGUGCAAAUAGGUGCAGUUAUGGAGAUAUCAUGGACUCCACGCAGGGGGAAAUUGUUCGACUUAUGGCCUGGGUUUAUUUUUCUUAGAUACUGCAUAGCACCUGGACCUGUAUAAGCAUAUAGCUGUCUUCAAGUAAAUGUUCUGAUGCAACAGCAAGCAGUUAAUUGGUUACUUGACCUGUUCUUCCUGUAGCUGAAUGAGGCCUUUUCUGAAAGACAUCAAUAGCCAUCAGUGUAUCAAUCACAGCAGCUGAACUUAAGGAACAGGCAGAGUAAUAAAAUGCAGACUAAACAAAGUACAGAUGUCAAUCUGAAAUAGUAAGCAGAGUACUUAUCGCUGGCCUGCUUCAUCUUGCAAUAAGCAUGUAUAAAUGUGAUGGGGUUUGUUGUAUUGAAUACCAUGCAUUAAGUAAUAUUUAUUUACUUCUCAAGUCUAGACAGGAAGACCCAAUUGAGUUCUUCAGAUGGAUUCAUUAAUGUAACUCUAGGCAGUUCAGUGAAGUUAAAUAUAUAUUUGCUAUAGUGAGCAGAAUUCAGCUUCCCAGCUGUCUACUUCCUUCAAGGGAUAAUGGCUGAUUUUAUUCCUGAGAGGCCAUGACUUACCUAAUUCUGAUGCACACAUACAGCUACUGUUGUGUUCUUUCCCCUAAUAAGUAAAAUCUCCCUUUUUGUUUAUGA